AAUGCAUUCGUGCAAAUAUGUAAAUUGAUAUUUAUCGUAUCCUACCCAGUAAUUUAACACCUGAUAAAGUUUUAAUGACUUGGAAGAAGUUAAGCCGCCGUUCAUAGACACCUACAAUAGCAGUUGUAUUUAAAAUGACUUCAACAUCGUUCAACGUUGGUAUUGGCGACGGUUCAAGGCUGUCAAGUCGGGUACUACGCCCUCCAGGCGGUGGGCACACAGACAUCUUUAGCGGGGAGCCUGAACCUCCACGUGGAAGACGUCUUGUUCCUGCUGCCUCUGGUGCUAUGUUUGGUCACGGUGAUGAUACUAAAUCAGCAAUAGUUGCUCAAACUCCAACCCAAAAUGGGGCUUCCGCAACUUCAGAACCUGCACCACAGACUGAAGUGCCUCAACCUGCAGCGCCACAACCCGCACAAUUCGAACCUGUUCCGGUUGCCGAACCUGUUCCGGUUGCUGAACCUGUUGUGGUUGCUGAACCUGUUGUUGCUAACCCAGCCAAGACAUCGAAGCCUGCAACCCCAGCGGUGACCCCCACUGAACAGACUAAAGCUGAACCUCCUAAAAGAGUUCGCGUACCGCCCGGCGGCUUUUCUUCUGGCCUUUGGUAAACGCUGAGAACGCUUGGGACCGCGCACUGUGCCUUAGUUUUAUGUUGGCUAUCUCGUCUACUGUUUGAUUGUGAAGCUGUCAAAUUUUAAGCUGACUCGUUGAUUAGGGAUACUGUCUUAAUAUUUUUUUACGCUAGUGCGUGCGCGUGCGCUGCAAAUUGUUUGUCUAAUUCAAACAAAUGUUGUCGUUUACAUUGUUCAGUUAUUGGGGGUAUUUCAAUAUGUUGUUUCGUCUACUGAAAUUUGGCAGCUUAUGUAUGCCGGAGUCAUUUUAGUGUAUGAUAAGCCUUUCAAAUAGGCUAUGGAAUUUAGUAGUGUGAGAUAGGCUAACAUACGCAACUGCUGGAUUUUGGUCCCGCAUUUUGUCAGCUAUGUAAAUUCUCGCGUUUAUUUACUCCAUAUACGUUAUGUACGAUGAAUUUAAUCUUAUAUUUUAACUCUUUCGCUUGUGUCAAAGGCAAUUGCCAACUCAAGACUUGUAUACUGUAGUCACAAAAUUGUUAGGACUAAGGUAUUUUAUAGGUAUUCAAUAUUGUCCAGGUUAGUCCAGGUUCAUAUUCCAUUUAACAGUAUUUACGCUUUUUCCAGCAAACUAAUUUCGUGUAGCUGUUAAUUAUAAUAUUUUUUAAAAGCCGACUGAUCUUUCAGGACUGUACUUAAAAUUUUCGUUAACAAUUAUGUUUUAACGCAAAACGGCAAUGCGAUUAUAUAUAUUAAUGAUUUUUAACGAUAAUUGUAUUUUUGUAUCAAUUAAAUGCUAUAAAUUUAA